UUCAAAUUAGUUUAAACCGUAACGAACGAAUACAUUCUUGGUGUUUGUUAAGCUGAGGCGAGGAAGUUACAACCUUAAAUCCAUGAAUUAAAAACGUAGUAACUAGAAGUUUUAUACCGUGAAAAUUCGUGUAGACUGACCAUAGUCCACGAAUUUUCAGUGGUUCCAAAAUCUUCGUUAUUUACAAAAAUAAUAAAAUAAAAAUCAUCAUCAGUGUUUCCAAAAAGGAUUUUCGUCUUGUUGGCCACACCCAAGAAAUGGUCUUUUACUGAUCUUUCUCCAGUAAAUCUUUUCACUUAUAUUAUCUUCUGAUCCUUUUUGUCAAAACUCUUAAUUAAUCACAAUCCAGUUGAAAAAUGACAGAAAUUCACAACUUGGGCUUAGACAUAAUUACUUGUCAUGCUUGGAAUAGAGAUCAAACAGAAGUGGCAGUGUGCCCCAAUAGUAAUGAAGUCCAUGUCUAUAAACACUCGAAUUCAGGAUGGAAGUCAACUCAAAUACUAGAAGCUCAUCACAUGAAUGUUAUGUGCCUUGAUUGGGCUCCUAAGACUAAUAGGAUAGUCACAUGCGGAGCUGACAAAGAUGCUUACGUAUGGAAUCAAGAUGACACUGGCAAAUGGAUACCAGCGUGGGUUAUUUUGAGGAUGAAUCGCGCUGCAGUUUGCGUCAAAUGGUCCCCGUUAGAAAAUAAAUUUGCCGUCGGAUCAGGUGACAGAAUGAUAGCUGUAAGUUAUUUUGUUUCGGGUAAUAAUUGGUGGCUUUCAAAGCAUAUAAAACGACCAAUUCGAUCAACUGUAACUGCAAUUGAUUGGCAUCCAGAUAACAAAGUCAUAGCGUCAGGAUCAACUGAUUUCAAAGUACGUGUGUUUGGUGCUUAUAUUAAGGAAAUGGAAGAUGCACCAAGUUCAGGACCAUGGGGGGCUGAAUCACCAUUAGGUACUUUACUUGCUGAGUUUCCCAAUUCCACUAAUGGUGGUGGUUGGGUUCAUUCGGUUGCUUUUAGCCCAACAGGCGAUAAACUUUGCUGGGUUGCUCAUAAUUCAUCUAUUUGUGUUGCUGAUGCAACUAAAGGAAAUGCAGUUAUGAGACUUUCUACAGAGCAUUUACCUUUUUUAAGUUGCGUUUGGAUUGGACCUAAUUUGAUUGUUGCCGCAGGACAUAGUUGUAUGCCGAUGCUUUAUUCCUUCGACUUGAAUGGCCAGUUAUACUUCGUAUCGAAAUUAGAUAAUUCGCAGAAAAAAGAAGCAGCUGGUAUUUCUGCGAUGAGGAAAUUCCAGUCACUUGAUCGACAAGCUAGAACCGAAACCAACGACAGUGCACUAGAUAGCAUCCAUCAAAAUACAAUAACGUGUGUCCGAAGAGUUUCUUCCAGUCAGUUUAGUACUAGUGGUUUAGAUGGCCAACUCGUAGUUUGGGAUUUGAAGGUAUUUCAUGAAAAAAUAUACUAGAAAACGCCAUGGCUGGGUUGAAGAUCAUGUAAAUCGUUAAGUUUUUUUUUUAUAUGAUAUUGUAAGUCAUUUACCAAUAUAUAAUAAUGUCGAAAUAAAUAUU